UGUGUGUUUUUGAUUAUUAGAAAUCUUUUUUUCCCAGAUGAAGGUCGUCUUGUUGAUGCUCGUGGCGUUGCUGGUGGUUCUACCGGAGGCAGAAAGCGCCUGGAGAAUUAAGCGUUGGUUUAGAGAGAGAGUCAAGGAUCGGGUUAGAAAUUGGUGGAUCAGAAGACAUUACAAAGGAUCAGGCAAGCGCAACACCGAGGCCCUUGACCUGAACGGAGAUGGAGAGUUGGACGAACAGGAACUACAGCAGGUUCUUGGGGAACGAGAUGUGAGACAUCUGCUGGAUGCCACGGACGCUGAUGACACCAUUUCAGUAGAGGAUUUCGAGAGAAGCCUCCGCGAAAUGGAUGCAGAGUUGGAUGACCAGUGAGGCGGCAUUGUUCCAGGUGCAGUGUUCCUGUGCAUCGUCGUUACUGUUCCGUCAGUGUAAUAAAAUAUAACACUUGAGAAUGAA